AUGUUCUAUUCAAUUUUUUUACUUGUUAUCGUUGUUUCCUCACAGACGACACCAUAUUGUGCCAAUGUAUUUGGAAAUUUGUGUGUGUUGUGUGUUGACGAUUACAUUUUAUCUGAGGACCAAAAGUCGUGCAUUUAUAAAAGAACAGUUGGCUGUGAGACAAUAAACAAUAAUAAAUGCACUUCAUGUUCAGAUGGUUACAAAUUUGAUUUUGACGGCCAGAAGUGUGUAAUUGGUGAUGAGUACUGUUUGUCUACAAAACAGUUAGACAACAAUGACGUUGUGUGCACUUCUUGUAUGUCGGGGACAACACUUUUGGACAGCAAAAAGUGUGUCAAUUGCACAUCCGAAAACAAAGGCUGUUCACAAGCAUCUGACAGUUGUUCUGACUGCGAUGUUUGUGAAUAUGGAUAUUACUUGGACAACACGACAUGUGUUCGAAUUCCAAAUUGUCAAGAAAAUGACCCUGAAAACGUCACAAAAUGCCAAACUUGUAUUGAUAUGUACAAUUACAGAGAUGACCAGUGCAUGUGGUGGAAUGUUCCAAAUUGUAUAAGUUAUAUCGAAAGAGGUGUCUGUGCCACAUGUGAAUAUGGGUAUACACAAGUCAGCACUAGUUGCGAAUAUGUUCCAUAUUGUACUCGAUUUGACACCUACGGCUGCACUUCAUGUGCAAAGGGAUAUGGACUUAACAACAAGAAUUGCACAAAAUGUGAAAAGGCUCUUUGCACUUCUUGUUAUUCAGACUAUUCACAAUGUGACGAAUGUGCAGAUGGAUAUACUCUUGUCAAUGGUCAAUGCAUGAAAUGUACAAUAAAUGGGUGUUUAAAAUGUGUUUCAGAGAAUCCAUAUAAAUGUCAAAUAUGUGCCGAUGGAUACACCACAGUUAAUGGUCAAUGCAUGAAAUGCGAAGUAAAUGGGUGUAAAAAGUGUGUUUCGGAAAACCCAUAUAAAUGCUAUGAAUGUGACUCGGAUAACGGCUACAAAAUGAUAAAAGACACACAACAGUGUUAUAAGUGCCCAGACCAUUGCACCGAGUGUUCUGAAAUCAUCAACUCGGUGCCAAUUUGCAGCGAAUGUGAAACAGGAUAUACUGUAUUUGAUAUGAAAUGUGCUGCAUGUAGUGAAGGGUGUAUGACUUGUAGCGGCGUUGCACUGGAGCAGUGCAGUCUUUGUAAAUAUGGUUAUCACCUUGAUGGUGUCAACAAAAAGUGUUACAAAUGCGCUGAAAAUUGUUUAAGUUGUCAAGCGGAGAGUACUGAUAUCUGUGAAAUGUGUGCGCAAGGCUAUGCGAUAGACAAUGGCAAAUGUAGAAAAUGUGAUUCUAACUGUAUUUCUUGUGAUUCAUCGGACUAUUCUAAAUGUCUAACAUGUAAAGAUGGAUACGUGUUGGUUAGUGAUAAAUGCCAAACAUGUGAUGAAUCGUGUCAAAUCUGCACUUCACCAAACGAUUACCGAGCCUGUGUUAAAUGUGCGAGUGGAUUUUACAAAGAUUCAAAUAAUAAGUGCAUCAAAUGCACAAAAGAAAAUUGCAAUGCCAUUAAUAAAGUUUCAAUCUAUAAUAUCGAAACCACUUGCAACAUCUGUUCUGACACAUGUGAUUACAAAAAACGAGACGAAAAUGGGUAUUCAUGUGGAGAGAUAUCGUUCUGUGACGUUUUUGAUACAACCAGAAAAGUGUGUGUUGAGUGCCAAAGGGGGUAUUAUCUCAAUGCGGAUUAUGAGUGCAAAAAGUGUUCAGAAGAGUGUUUGGAGUGUGUGAAUACCGAAAAGGAGUGUAAAGAGUAUUACAAAAAUGUUGAUAAUUGUGUGUUUUAUGAUGUCAAUCAUAAGUGCAAAACAUGUGAAAAUGAAUACAAAAUGGAGAAUGGUGUAUGUGUGAAAGCAGGAGAUUGUGUAACAAGAAACGAUGAAGGAAUGUGUGUCGUUUGCGAAAAUCAGAAAAUUGUUGGUGAUGAUAACAAAUACCCAGCAGAAUACAAUGGGACUUGUAGUCGAGAGGAACACGUUGUUAACAAUUCUCAAAGUAUUUUCACAAUACUUCUAUUUGCCGUUUUCUUGAUUAUCUAA